AUGGCGACGUUCGAGCGCAUUUUGUUAACCAGAAAACAUAUUGUAAUUGCCGAGAGGUUUAAUGUAGUGCGUAAAAUUGGCGGUGGGAGCUUUGGAGACAUCUUCUUGGCGAUAUGUAUUACAGAUGGAGAGGAGGUGGCUGUAAAAGUAGAAUCCAUAAAAGCGCGGCAUCCCCAACUUCUCUAUGAGAGCAGAGUGUAUAAGAUGCUCCAAGGGGGCGUAGGAAUACCUCACAUAAGAUGGUACGGAUUUGAGCGGGACCACAACAUCCUUGUGAUGGACCUGCUGGGACCCUCACUUGAGGAUCUCUUCAAUUUCUGCUCCAGACAAUUUACCAUCAAGACUGUCCUUAUGCUGGCAGAUCAAAUGCUGGCUCGUGUGGAGUUCAUCCACUGCAAGUGCUUCAUCCACCGCGACAUAAAGCCGGACAACUUCCUUAUGGGCAUCGGGCGACACUGCAACAAGCUCUACAUGAUCGACUUUGGCCUCGCCAAGAAGUACCGCGACCUGCGAACGCGCACCCACAUCUCCUACCGCGAGGACAAGAAUCUUACCGGCACUGCCCGGUACGCCUCCAUCAACGCUCAUCUCGGGAUCGAGCAGUCGCGUAGAGACGACAUGGAGUCGUUAGGAUAUGUACUUAUGUACUUCAAUAGAGGUUCACUCCCAUGGCAAGGCUUAAAAGCGAUUACGAAGAAACAAAAGUAUGAACGCAUCAGCGAGAAGAAAAUGUCUACGCCUGUCGAGGUCCUCUGCAAGGGCUUCCCGGCGGAGUUUGCGAUGUAUCUGAACUAUUGCCGCGGCCUCACGUUCGACGAGUCGCCAGACUAUAUGUAUCUCAGACAGUUAUUCCGUAUCUUAUUCCGCACGAUGAACUACCAGUACGACUACACCUUUGACUGGACGAUACUGCGGCAACGCAAGCACCAGACAAUGGAGGCCGGAGGAGCUGCUGCGGCGGUCCCGGACCGUCGCUCGCCCUCCGUCCAGCGCCGCGCCUCGAACCAGCCGCCGCAGCCACCUCCGAAUAAUGAGUGA